AUGAUGAUGAUGAAUAUGGGGAUGUACGGCGUGUGCAACGAGGGGUUCCAUCACCACCACCACCAAGCCACGGCGGCAGCGGCAGGGGCCGGAACGGUCCCCACCGCCGCCGCCACUCUCUACGGCAGCGAAGUGGCGUCCGGACACCACCACCACCACCACCAUCACCACCACGCCGCGCAUCACCAGUACCACACCACUGACGUGGCAGUGGCCGCGUACCCCUCCGACCACCAGGGGGGCUUCUACACGCACGUCCACACCGGGCCGGAACCCGCUCCCGAGGACAUCAUCACCUCCGACAACGGGCUCAGCUACACCAAUCUGGACUACGCUUCGGGCGCAGUGCCGGCCUCGGCACCCCCGUUCCAGUACCCUGUGCACGCCGAUCACCAGCCGCCCGAUCCGGCGGUAUCCGUCACGGGGACGGUGGUGCACCAGCAACAGUCCGAGACCCACCAGUCGCAGGUAGCUGCGCCGCCCGUGGCCUUCACCGCGCCCGGUAGUUGA